AUGGCGUCGCGAUACUCUCCGAAGAGGCUCGACGAGCUUCCGGACGAGAUACUGCUGCGCGUCCUGUCCUUUCUCGAGCCUCACGACUUCCCCGGCCUACAGCUCGUCUGCCGAAAGCUGCAAAAGAUCUCCCUCGAUAAUAGCCACUGGCGAUCACGGACAUUCGACGAGUCCCCGUUUCUGGAGUCCAUUCAGCGUCGCCGCCGCCUAUCCCGCAUCGUCGACGACGACGUCAUUGACGAGCCUUUGCUGAGCGCUGCCGUGCAUUUGAGCCAAGAGCAGAGCGGUACGGAACCGCCGCAGCACUUUUACGAUGAAGAGACGGGGGAACAGCGCAGGCAGAGGGAUAUGGCCAACUGGGACCCUUCGUUUCCGACUGAGCCGGUCUUCUGGUACAACGAGUACAUCCAGCGAUAUGCGCCCAUUGCGACGAGCUGGCUGCAGCAGCCGAGGAUUCGGGACGGGAACGAACAGGAUACACUAGACGUCAGGGGGAUGGCCCUCUACAGCCCGAACCAAAGAAGCAACGAACUGCUGGCUGUAUCGCCACUGGACGAUGGGUCCAUGUGCAUUUGGGACUUGAAGGGGGCUCGUGGGCGCAAGGGGGCCAUGGUCGGGAAAAGCCGUGAUGGGGUGCUCUAUCUCGACGGACCACAGACCAUGGGACGGUCUAGGAAGAUUGACACUGGGGUGACGGAGUGCAUCGCUGUGGACGACUUCUCCGGCAGGGCUUUCGUUGCCGUCCAAGGACAUCUGCGGGAGGUCGACCUGAAUCGUCUUGAAGUCGCGUCGGAGCAGUCGUUCGAGUGGUCCAUCACAGCCCUAUCUCCUGCCGCACCUGGCUUGCCACUGACCGUUGGGACAUCACUAGGGAUUCAUCUUUUCGAUUACAGGGCCAGGGUGAGGACGCCGAGGGACAUCGUCGAGAAGAUUGAUGUGCUGGCGGUAAAUUCUCCGGAUGAGUCGCCCUUCGAUUCGGAUCCGCUACCGGUGUAUGCGCCCCUGUCGCAACCGACGCCUCUGAGCAUCUUGCAUCUGCCGAACCCGAACGACGAGCAUUCCUUUUCAGAUGAUAUUUACGUCGCAGGGCGCUUUUCCAAUAUCCUCCACUACGAUCGACGCACCUUCCCAUCGAUUGUAGGAUCGAUUCACUCCGGGGCCAGGCUUUCAAGUCUUGCCUCUUUGCCUUAUCCUUUCUCGACGAUGGACAGCGAGAUACGUCGAAAGGCGGACCUGUCUUUGGAGCAAGUCCUGGACUCCAAGAUGAAGGCCGGCGGUCGUACUCUCAUCGCCGCAGGCGAAUACAAUACCAAAGGAUCGUUGGAGUUGUACGGCUUGUGCCCGCCGCAAGGAAACUCCUCCGCAGCUCUCAUGCAGAACUCUACCAUGAAGAACCGGCAGACGUCUUCUCAGUCCAAGAUCCUAUCGGUGACGAAUCAGGGCACCCGAAUCGUCUUUUCUGACGGUUCUGGCCUUUUGAAGUGGUUUGAACGAGAUGGUUUCACCGAGGUACGGCGGCAUAAGAUCGGCCAUAGCGAGGUCUCGGAACGGCCUUCCUUAUUCGCGUCGAUGCCGGGCUCAGACGAUCUUGCCAGAAAGAUCUUAUCGACACAAACACGCACCGGAGUGGACAAUGUCAACGAUGAUGACAUCUUGUUCUGGACCGGUGAGAAGCUCGGCCUCGUCAGCUUCUCGAGCAAGCCUGGAUUCCAAGCAGACGACUUUGAAGAAGAGAGACAGCUGUCGGAAGAAGAGGCGAGGGUUGAAGAGGCAGAAAAACAGUAUAACGAGAAGAUGAGGAUAGCGCUCGAACGCCAAGCGGACGACGUUAGGAUUGGUAUCUCACGACGUCCCAAGGACAAGUCCGCGAGGACAGGCCCGGCCGGCCCCUCCGGUGCGGCGGGCGGCGGCGGCAAGCCCAAGAAGGCCACCUACGAGGUCACCAAGAAGAAGGAGAUUGGCGUUUCGGAUCUUACGUUGCUCAGUAAGGUGUCCAACGAAGCCAUCAACGAGAACCUCAAGAAGCGAUUCGAGGGCGCCGAAAUCUACACCUACAUUGGCCAUGUCUUGGUCUCCGUUAAUCCCUUCCGGGACCUGGGCAUCUACACCGACCAGGUCCUCGACAGCUACAAGGGCAAGAACCGUCUCGAGAUGCCCCCACACGUGUUCGCUAUCGCCGAAUCCGCGUACUACAACAUGAAGGCCUACCAAGACAACCAGUGUGUCAUCAUUUCUGGAGAGUCGGGUGCUGGCAAGACCGAGGCUGCCAAGCGCAUCAUGCAGUACAUCGCCAACGUGUCGGGAGGAGAAUCGGGCGAUAUCAAGAAGGUCAAGGACAUGGUGCUGGCAACCAAUCCUUUGCUUGAGUCUUUCGGAAACGCAAAGACCCUGAGGAAUAACAACUCGUCUCGUUUCGGCAAGUAUCUGCAGAUUCACUUCAACGCGCAGGGCGAGCCCGUCGGUGCCGACAUCACAAACUACCUCCUUGAGAAGUCGAGAGUCGUCGGCCAGAUUACCAACGAGCGAAACUUCCACAUCUUCUACCAGUUCACCAAGGGCGCCUCCCAGAACUACCGCCAACAAUUCGGCAUUCAAACGCCCGAGACAUACGUUUACACUAGCAGAUCGAAGUGUCUCGAGGUUGACGGAAUCGACGACUUGGCCGAAUACAACGAUACCCUCCAGGCCAUGAAGAUUAUUGGUCUCUCUCAGGCUGAGCAGGACGAGAUACACCGCAUGCUGGCUGCCAUCCUGUGGGCUGGCAACAUUCAAUUCCACGAAGGUCAGGACGGUUACGCCGCGGUUAGCGACCAGUCGGUCGUAGACUUCUUGGCCUAUCUGUUGGAGGUCACCCCGGACCAACUGAUUAAGGCCAUCACGAUCCGUAUCCUCACUCCGCGAAACGGCGAGGUCAUCGAAUCCCCCACGAACGUUUCCCAGGCCGUCGCGACCCGAGAUGCUCUGUCCAAGGCAAUCUACAACAACCUCUUUGACUGGAUUGUCGAGCGCGUCAACAAGUCUCUGAAGGCGAAGGAGGCAACGAUCAACAACAUUGGUAUCCUCGAUAUCUAUGGCUUCGAGAUUUUCGAGAAGAACAGUUUCGAGCAGCUUUGCAUCAACUACGUGAACGAAAAGCUGCAGCAGAUCUUCAUUCAGUUGACCCUCAAGGCUGAGCAAGACGAGUACGCACGCGAACAGAUUCAGUGGACACCUAUUAAGUACUUCGACAACAAGAUUGUGUGCGACCUCAUCGAGGCGGUCCGGCCUCCCGGUAUCUUGUCCGCCAUGAAGGAUGCGACCAAGACAGCCCACGCCGACCCCGCUGCUUCUGACCGCACUUUUAUGCAGAGCAUCAACGGCAUGUCUAACCCUCACUUGACCCCCCGCCAAGGCAGCUUCAUCAUCAAGCACUACGCCGGUGAUGUCGCCUACACGGUCGAUGGAAUCACGGACAAGAACAAGGAUCUUCUACUCAAGGGUCUGCUCAACCUCUUCGGCACCAGCGGCAACAAAUUCGUUCAUACUUUGUUCCCUCACCAAGUCGACCAAGACAACCGAAAGCAGCCGCCCUCCGCUGGUGAUAGAAUCAGAGCCUCGGCGAACGCUCUCGUCGAGACCUUGAUGAAGUGCCAGCCUUCAUACAUCCGAACCAUCAAGCCCAACGAGAACAAGUCGUACUCCGAGUACAAUGUGCCCAACGUCCUGCAUCAGAUCAAGUACCUCGGUCUCCAGGAGAACGUUCGCAUUCGCCGCGCCGGUUUCGCAUACAGACAGACGUUCGAAAAGUUUGUCGACCGCUUCUUCCUGCUGUCGCCUGCCACCUCAUAUGCUGGCGAGUACACAUGGCAAGGAUCAUACCAGCAGGCGGUUCAGCAGAUUCUCAAGGACACAAGUAUUCCCAAGGAAGAGUGGCAGAUGGGUACUACCAAGGCCUUCAUCAAGUCACCAGAGACACUGUUUGCUCUCGAGCACAUGAGAGACCGAUACUGGCACAACAUGGCCACCCGUAUCCAGCGUAUGUGGCGUGCCUACCUGGCCUACCGUGCAGAGUCUGCCACUCGUAUUCAACGGUUCUGGCGUAAGAAGAGAACCGGCGCCGAGUUCUUGCAGCUGCGUGAUCAGGGCCACAGAGUUCUCCAGAACCGCAAAGAGAGACGCAGAUACAGUUUGCUUGGCUCUCGCAGAUUCUUGGGAGAUUACCUUGGCAUCAACGCAGCAGCUGGUCCUGGUUCUCAGAUCAGAAACGCGAUUGGCAUUGGCAGCAACGAGAGAGCCGUCUUCUCUUGCCGCGGAGAGAUCCUCGAGGCCAAGUUUGGCAGAUCCAGCAAGCCUAGUCCCCGAAUCCUGGUGGUCACAAACAGCAAGUUCUACAUCGUCGCGCAGAUGCUGGUCAACCACCAGCCGCAGAUCUCCGUGGAGCGCUCAAUGCCGUUGGGUGCCAUUAAGUUCAUUGGUACUUCGACCGCUCGCGACGAUUGGUUCUCCCUGGGUGUGGGAUCGCCACAAGAGGCUGAUCCUUUGUUGAACUGUGUACUGAAGACCGAGAUGUUCACGCAGAUGGAACAGGUCAUGCCCGGCGGCUUUAGCUUGAAGAUUGGUGAAGUAAUCGAGUACGCAAAGAAGCCCGGCAAGAUGCAGACCGUGAAGGUCCUCAAAGACUCUCAGCAACCUGUCGACUACUACAAGAGUGGAGCUGUACACACUCAGCCUGGCGAGCCCCCUUCCUCUGUCUCUAAGCCGACACCAAAGGGCAAGCCAGUCCCUCCUAAGCCCAUCACGCGUGGCAAGCUCAUCAAGCCUGGUGGUCCCAAUGGCAGACCAUCUCGCACUACUGGCAGCCGGCCCCAGCCCCGCCCAGGUGCCUCUUCAGCGAAGAAGGGACCCUCCAUUACUCCUCAGAUUCCUGCUGCUGCCAGCUCAGUUGUCUCCAACAGCUCCAACAGUUCUGUCAGCUCAGCCAAGACAGGACCCUUUGGCCGUCAACAACAAGCCGCCUCUGCAGCUAUUCCCACACACACCAAGCCGGCUGCCGCGACCAGAAUGCCCCCUCCUCCUCCCCCUGCUGCGCCUCCCGCGCCCGGCAGGAUCAUGGCCAAGGUCCUCUACGACUUCGCAGGCCAGCGAGAGAACGAGCUCACGAUCCGCGCUGGCGAUCUUAUUGAGAUUGUCCAGAAGGAGAACAACGGCUGGUGGCUCGCCAAGCACACCGGAGGCCAAGCCUGGGUGCCCGCUGCCUACGUCGAGGAGCAAGCGCCCGCUCCGGUCGUGGCCCCUCGCCCGCCUCCUCCUCCUCCCAACGGCGCGGCUGCCCGUGGCAAGCCUACCCCUCCUCAGCCUCCCGUCAAGCGUCCCGCUGCCGGCCGCAAGCCUGCUCCUACUCCCGCCCGCGACUCCGGUCUUAGCUUGAACGGAUCCAACGGCUCCGAUAGCCGCAGCAACACCCCCACGCCCAGCCUGGGCAACAGCUUGGCGGACGCCUUGCUCGCGAGAAAGAACGCGAUGGCGAAGAAGGACGAGGACGACGACUGGUAA